GAAAAGUCAUCAUUAAAACCAUGAAGACGUACAUCAGGAAGUUUGCAAUGGGAGAGUGUGGGUUCCUAGUCCUCUUCGCUGCCUUUGACUGCAUAGAUGACAUUAAGCUGGUGAAGCAGGCCGUCCUAUCAGAGAUUCUGGCCUCCCUGCCCGAAGUCAUCACUAAUAGGAAUGGAAAGAAAGUUCUGCCCCACCCACCUAUCACCCGAAAUCAUCCAGGUGCUGGAGAAAGGAGGUGGAAACGCCCACAGGAUGUUUCCCAUUGUAAGGAGCUCCUGGAGGCGGUGUCUACACCCAUGAUUCAGCUCCUGUGGCCACGCCCGCACCAUGGUAAUAGACAAGGCCUCCAAGCUUCACCUUUAGGGAAAUUCUGGGGUCUGCCAUCGGGGACCUGCGUCCUGGAAUGGAGGCUGUCCGCUGACGACUUCACACCAGGAGGGGCAGCUGCACAUGGCUGAUCGAAUAAGGCGAGAUGGAGGCCGGGAGAGAAGAGCAUGUCUUCAGGGUCCUGUUGGACAUGGUGGGUAUGGACAAGCUGAAGACGUGGGCUGCAGUGAACCAUGGGGCCAUCGUGCUCUGUUGCCCCCACCCCUUCCUCCAUGUGCCCAUUGUCAAGUUCUGCUGGAGAAACUGGCCUGAUACAGAUACCAUCUCACCAACAUUGACCCCCUCAACUAUUGUGACCUCACCAACUGGAGUCACAGGUUCUCAUAACUGUCCCCUUUGACCUGACUAUCCUGGUGAAAUCCCUACUAUGACACGAAGAUGGAUGAAAAGAAACACUGAUUUGUACUGCAUUUUGUCAAAUUCAUUUAGGUGUGCUUGUUUGUAAAGCUGUGGAGCAAGUAUUUAAAUGUAAAAGGCACAAAUACUGGCAGUGUUUUUGUAUAAUCUUGUAACUGAUCGGUAUGAGUUGUACUAGCUGAUCCAGGAGCUGGAAUUAACUAAAAGAAAACAUGUUAUUACAACACAAACUAUCCAUUGGCAGAGAAUGUCAGUAAGCAAAUUUCAUUUUUUUUUUUCAUCUGUAGAAUAUUAACCCUGAUGGUUUGUGUGUCGUCACCUUUAUGCCACGUUAAAUCACCAAGCCGUGGUCGGGUCUGGUAGUCUGCUCAUCUAUGACGGAAGGAAGCCUGCAUUCUCACUAGCAAAUUCAUUUAGUGGGCCCUGCUCAGGUUCCAUCUGUCCUGGUGUCUGAUCCGGACAGACCCAGUCAGACGAAACGGCUUAUUUCUUCCAGAGACCUCACAUUCUUCUAAUCAGUAGAGGAUUAUCAAUGGCUGCCUGUGUGGCUACUAUUUGGGAGGUUUAGGCUCACGGCAGUAGUCGGACUUGCACUACUUUUGAGAAUUUUGUUGACCAGUGAAGACAAUUUGGGAAUCAAAUCAACAUUGAGAGCUGUGCUGUUAUUUUGAUGAUGCUCUUUUUAGCAAAAGGUCUGAAGUUGAAAUACAGUAUCAAUGUCCAGGUGGCUGGUGAACCUUGUGGGUAACACUGACAGAGUUUAUCAACAAAUAUUUUCCGGGAGGAAAUGUUUGCUUAUUUGAGAGUACUUGAGGUUUUCCAAACACACAUGAUCAGUGACCUACUCUUUUUAAUCUUCUGGUGUGGAAACAUUGCAAGCUGCUUCCAUAUCCAUAAAUCCGCUUUGGGAAGAUUCAAUCCUCCAGAUACCCAGAUUAUUUAACCUGUCUGCAGAUUCAUCCAGAUGUUGCAUUUUGAAUUUAUUAUUUCAGACCGGGUGCCGUUCUGCAGUGGAUUAUGUCUUCUUGUUGGGAUAACAUGGCCAUAAGGACUGGAGGGGAAUAGUGUGGUAUACAAAUAUAGUUGAAGUCAGAAGUUUACAUACACUUAGGUUAGAGUCAUUACAACUUCUCCACAAAUUUCUUGUUAACAAACUAUCGUUUUGGCAAGUCGGUUAGGACAACUACUUUAUGCAU